AUCAACCCUUGUACACAAGCCACAAACACAACAAGUACAAUACACUUCCAUAAACAAUUAAUCAUAAAAACCCUCUCUUCUCUCCUAUCUCCUCCACCCCACCCACAUCUUUCAAAUCUCACAAACUCAUCAUCAUGUUGGAACAAUCACUAUCAUCCUCACCAACAUUCUGGGCCAGUCUCUACAGCUGGUUCACCCCCACUGUCUUCUUCCUCCUCCUCCAACUUGUCAUAGCCACCAUUUACAUCACUUCCACCCUUGCAAAUGCCACCCAAAAACACCACCAUCACCAACAACAACAAGAUCCCAACUUUCCACAACAACAACAACAACAACUCUUUAGAUCUCCUUCUGUUUUACAAAGACUCAAAUCCAUCAACCUUUACUCUUACCAAAACUAUAGAUCCCAACAUGAAGAACAUCACACCCCACAACCUCAAACUCAAACAACCUACGAAAACGAAAUCCAUGUCCCUCAAGGACAACUCGCUAGAUCUCCCUCUGUCUUGCAGAGACUCAAAUCCAUCAACCUUUAUAGCUACUUCCCUACUCAACCCUUCACUUCAAAACUCGAAACCACCACUCACGAGAAACAUCACGUGGAAGUUAAGGAGACAGAAGAAGACGAUGUUUUGGGAGAGAUAAAAGACAACCUCGGAGGACUCGAGGAAGAGGGUCAUCAUGUUUCUUUGGAAGAGGUUUUCAUGAAACUGCAGGGGCAAGGAGGUAAUUUCGCAAGAACGCAUUCCGACACAAAGCCGGAUUCAGGGGAGGUUCCGGUGAAGCUGUCGAGGAAGAUGAAGAAAUCUGCUAGCAGUAAAUCUGCGUUUUCUCAUUUCAAGGAAGAUGACAUUGUGGAGAGCCGCCGGCCGGCCACCGUGAAGGAGGCUAAACCGGUUGCUAUGGAUGAGGACGAGUUGGUUGAUUCUAAGGCGGAUGAUUUCAUCAACAAGUUCAAACAACAGUUGAAGUUGCAGAGGAUUGAUUCAAUUAUGAGGUAUAAGGAUAUGGUUAACAAAGGAAUUAGCAAGUAAAUUAACAUAAUAAUAAUCAUGUUUAUGAUAAUUAUAAUUAUGAUAAUUUCAUUACUAGUAUAAUAUAUAUAAUUAUUAUUAUUUGUUAAUUUAGCUUGUAAUGUAAAAUUAGUAAUUUUUGUCUUGAAAGUUAAAUUCAACUAAUAUGUGUUAGUUGAGUUAUAUGAUUACCAGCGGUUGAUUAAGAUUAGAGUAAAAAAAAAGUUAGCGAGUUUGUUAUUUAUUUAAAAAAUGUUUUUAUAAGUGGUUAUUUUUGAAGUGGAAUUGUGAGUGUGUUGUUAAUUUGAGCCUUUUGAUUGUGGAUGAUGGAAGUAGUUAUGAGGAAUUAUUGUUUGUAUUUUUAUAAAUAACAGAAUAUAUGCUUUUUCUUGUUUGUA